AUUCUUUACAGUUAAACACCGUGGAAGAAAAGCACGUGUCUGAAAGCUAACGUGAGCAAAAUAACUAGACAAAAACAACACACGUUGAAAAAUAUAGUCAGUUUUAUUGGCAAAAUGGUUCGUAAAUUGAAGUUCCACGAGCAGAAACUCUUGAAGAAAGUCGAUUUUAUUAACUGGGAGGUUGACAACAAUUUACACGAGGUUAAAGUGUUGAGAAAAUAUCAUAUUGAGAAGAGGGAAGAUUACACCAAAUACAACAAACUUAGUCGAAAUAUCAGAGAAUUGGCACAGAAAAUACGAGACUUGGACGAAAAGGAUGGUUUCAGAGCUCAAAGUACAGCGCUUUUCUUGGAAAAACUUUACAGUGUCGGUUUGAUCCCCACCAAACAGAACCUGUCCCUCACGAAUGAAGUCUGUGCUUCUGCAUUCUGCAGGAGACGUCUUCCCACAAUUAUGCUGAAACUGCGUAUGGCUCAGAACUUGAAGACUGCCAUAACCUUCAUCGAGCAGGGACAUAUUCGUGUUGGGCCUGAAAUUGUCACUGAUCCUGCUUUUCUCGUAACAAGGAGCAUGGAAGACUUUGUCACAUGGGUGGAUUCAUCCAAGAUCAAACAACAUGUCAUGAACUACAACGAAGAGCGAGAUGACUUUGACCUCAUUGUCUAAAUCCAGAAAGAAAUUUGGAUUCCAACCAGAAAUGAUCAGUGCAUCAAGAGCAGCUGUUGUGAUUCAUCAAAUGUAUAUAUUUAUACUCUGUCAGACAUAAAUGACCAAUUAUCAUCUUGAACCAUGUUAAGUGAGUAAAUGCAUUGAGUGUGACUGUUUUGUAAUAAUUGUAAACAAUAAACAAUUACAGUUCAA